UGUAAGCUGGGUAUACAAAUAUAGUAAUAAUCAACUAAAAGUAGAAAGAUUCAGUGCCUAAUGACAUUUUAUGUGGUAGCCAUUGAAAAAAUAAUAAAAUGUUAAAUACCAAAUCUACCCUUCUUCCUUGAUAAAAAUUUCCAAACUUCUCUCUCUCUUUUCAAACAUCCAUCAAUGGAGAACCACCAGAGAAUCUCAACUCACCAUCACCAAACGAUGCCAUCCGAGUUAACUCAAGACGAGUUCACCCAACUCUCAAACUCAAUCGCCGAGUUCCACACCUACCAGCUGGGCCAAGGCCGUUGCUCAUCACUCCUGGCCCAACGGAUCAACGCGCCGCCCGAAACAGUCUGGUCAGUGGUGAGACGCUUCGAUCGCCCCCAGAUUUACAAACACUUCAUCAAAAGCUGCCACGUGGACGAAUCCUUCGAGAUGCGAGUGGGAUGCACGCGCGACGUGAACGUGAUUAGCGGUCUUCCGGCGAACACGUCGAGGGAGAGGCUGGAUCUGCUCGACGACGAUCGGAAGGUAACCGGGUUUAGUAUAACCGGAGGCGAGCAUCGGCUGAGGAAUUACAAAUCGGUGACGACGGUUCAUCGGUUUGCGAAGGAGAGAGAAGAAGGUGGUGGUGGUGAACGGAUCUGGACCGUUGUUUUGGAAUCGUACGUCGUGGAUGUGCCGGAAGGUAACUCUGAGGAAGAUACACGUUUGUUUGCUGAUACGGUGAUUAGAUUGAAUCUUCAGAAACUUGCUUCCAUUACUGAAGCUAUGAAUCGUAAUAACCACAACAACUCCUCCGGUGGUGGUGGUGGUGGUGACGGUGACGGAACAAACUCUUCUUCUGCUUCUUCUCAGGUGAGGUGAUGAUAUUUGGGGAAAAAGACAAAAAGACACAAAAAAAAUUGGGGGGUUUUUAAUUUUUUUUUCGUUUUUUGUUUUUUUUUUCGUGAAUUGUAAUUUGAUUAUUGUUUUUUUCAUGUUUUUAUUAACAUCAAAGUCGUCUCCUGGAUUAUUGGGAAAUUGAAAUGUUCGAUAUAUA